AUGGGCGACGUCGGCUCUGGAGAACGCCGAGUGCUGGAUGUAGCUGUGCCCGUGGGCAACGGCGGUAGAGCUGACGCCAUGGAGGGCGGCAACGAAACCGAUGUGGCUUUUGACGACGCUGGCCGUGACAAAGAGGCGGAAUCAAGCAUGUACGAGGAGACAAAGACGGAGGACCACGACCAACCACUCCGCGUCGUCCGGCCCUUAGGUUGGUGGGACAACAACCGCGAAGACGAUGCCACCGAUAAGCUCGUGCACUCUCUCAAGCGGAUGGGACCUGAUGAUGACCCCGACGCGUAUGAGGUCUUUCCUUUGGCGGUGACCCUGACGCUGACGACGUCGACAAGCAGCGAGAGGUUUGUUGCCACUAAUGCUGACGAUGCUCAGUUGAUUGUCGUGGACGGCAGCGACACCGAGAGCGACAACGAUGACAACCCAAUCGGCGGAAAUGGGGCUAGUGAGACGCGGUUCAAGUAA